AUGGCGGGAAACCAAGCAACCAACCAUAUUAGAAGCUCCUCCCAAUAUCUAAUUGAAAUUCACAAAGGUCGGCCAAUUAAACAUCAAGUAAAAGUUUUAGUUCCUGUCAAAGAUCAUCCGAAUUUUAACUUUGUAGGCAAAUUACUUGGACCAAAAGGUAACUCUCUGAAGCAGCUACAAGAAGAAACUCAGACAAAAAUGGCCGUACUUGGUAAAGGUUCAAUGAGGGAUAAAAAGAAGGAAGAAGACCUUCGCCAGCUUGAAGAUCCCAAGUUUUUUCAUCUCCGAGAAGACCUGCAUGUAGAAAUAACAGCUUUUGCUCCUGCAGCCGAGGCUUAUUCACGUAUGGCUGUAGCCUUGACCAGACUGAAACCCUUUCUAGUACCAGACUAUUACGAUGAAAUACGCCAGAAACAACUAAGAGAGCUUGCAAUUUUGAAUAAAAUCAGACAACAAGACAGUACAACCGAUAAUAAGGAGCCAUCACCUCCACCUAUUGGCAAAGAAACAUUCACUUUACAAACUAAAAGGCAACCUACAACGAUGUAUUCUCAUGAACUGUUGAAUGGAAAAGAUAGAUUAGUUGGUGGAAUAUUAGAUUCUAAGCGUUUAAUGCCACCUGGUGGUGCACUUCGAAGGAUAUCUCUUCCACUGAAGCGUUUCAUUUAUCAAGAUAAACCCUCACUAGCACCCUCUAACGAGCCAAUGUUAAUAGAAAAAAGGCAACGACAGUUAUGUACCCAAACAGGAUUUGGAAGAAACGAAAAUGGAUUA